UGAUAUUUGCAAUUAUGUCGAGUUGUAAGUGUUGAAGUUAGCCAAAAUCACAUGGAGUCCAUAGUGCCGGAUGUCUAUGGCAUGCCGCCCGAUAUGACCAUACGCCACGGCUUGAGGAUCUACGUGCUGAGUACGCUGUGUGCCGCCUUCGCUCUGUUGCAGUGGGCGAUCAUCGGUUAUUUUUCGGACUGGCGCAAGUACAGGAUGCCGCAGGUGCGAUAUGGCUAUUGGCUGAUGGCCACCUUCUUUGGCAUCUGUGUUCUGUCGUGCACGCCUAUAGGACGCAAGUUCCCCUGGAAUGUGGCCCUAAUGCUGAUCAUUGUGGAAAGCUCAACGCUCUACAUUGCCAUGGAGCAGCAAAACACAAAGGGUCUGCUGGUCAAUCUGUAUGCGGGAUUGCUUGUUUUCGCUUUAGUUACUGCCUCGAUAUUCUAUGGUUCUUACUUUCCCAUGCGUUGGGUGCCUGGCGAUCUGAUGUUGAGCCUUCUAGUUGCUACCUCAAAUUUAAUGCUGAUCGCGUUCUUUCUGAACGCUUACAUAUUUGACAAUUUCACUGUGUACACAAUUGUACGCAACUAUUUUGCAAUGACUGCCAUCAUGAUGAUCAUCUAUACGGCAACCAUUAUACACGAUCGCCAGUUUGUAGUGCCCAAGAAUGAGUAUCUGUUUCUCAGUGCUUUACUCUUUUUUGGACACAUGAUACUCCACGAACGCGUCUUGGCUUUCUCAGUACACAACGAGUAUAAUACAGAUUGUACACUGUUAUAUUUUUUAUAAAAUAUUCUACCAGCAAAAGUCA